CUUGUAACUCUGCUGAUCGGGUCUGAGUUAGUGAAGGGUGUCGUGGGGGUGUACGGUAGGCUUACUCUCUCUAAGACAAGUCUUAAUAUUACGGUCAACUGCAGAUUUCUUCAAGGUCGCGAGAUGUACAUAGGGUUAGGACACGUGAUUGUUGACAAGAUUGAGGCUUAGGAUCAGUGUAUGGGUUAGCGUUAGCCCUGUUUACAUCUCAUGACCUUUGACGAAAUUUGCAGUAGGUCUUAAUAUUUAGACCUAACCAUUUCGCAUAGCUAAUUACUUUUAUUUUGCACUAUGUGAUUUUAAACAUUGCACAAUUAUUAGUCAGUCGCUUUGAAAAACCUUUGGAAACACAGUUUCUAGAUGAAGGAUUGUAAAAUGUUAUCAAUCACUUUUGAUCCUUGGUCAUGAAUUAUCCAAAAAGGUUAAUUAUUCAUCCUCAAUGAAAUGUCCCUUAACGCGAUAAUGAUUAUUGGCAGUGUCUAUUAAUAAUGGGAAGGAUGAAUACAGACACUGUGCUUGCUAUAGCCAAAUAGCUUCCCAGUAUAGUAGAAUAUAUGAUAUGCAAUCAGUUUGAGAAAUGUCACACGCCUUAUAGAAUGCCAACGAAUAUGUUGCAUGAAGCUCUCUGACAUUUCAGCAAUGAAACCGUCGUCAAGUGGGCGCUGCGACGUAUUGCACAAGUGGUGAGCCUAUAAGAGAAUCCGGACGUUGUCACAUGUAUCUAUUUUCCAGUGACAUGACAUACAGGGUUCGCACUGAUCAAUGACAAGCGGUAAGAUAAAGUGAAGACCUGCAGUGGAACUAUCUAGUCAAUUCAGAUGGGUUUGUCAUGUCAUAGAGAAUGCCAAAGGCCGGUUCACGUCUUAAUACUCGUAUCCAAGAGUUCGAACUUUGGCGAAAAGAUGGCGACUUCUUCAAGGAAGGGGAGUAUGCCAAACGUCGAAAUCAAAGACGAGAAAGAGUCAAUGUUAUAGAAAGUGAUCGACGAUUAAAACGGUGGAAAAAGUUGUAUGUCCCCGCUGUUUUAGGCAUGAUGACGGGUUCGUUUCUUACCUUAGCUUCCACUGUGCACGGUUUAGGUAAAAACACUAUUUUCUGGUCAAGCAAGGAGGUGUUUCAUGUCAUAGGUCCAGUGUUUCUUGUGACGGGUUUAUUUUUUCUAAUGAUAGCCGCGGCAUUUUCUCACAGAGAAGAAGAAAAGUUACGGAUUAAGUUAGGAUUACCGAGCAUGUUUCCCCAAAGUAUCAAAACGUUGCCGAGUGAAGAGAAUACUUCUAUUACAACGGUGAGUGAAAUGGAGUCCUCACAUUCCAUAUCAGACAGACUGGCUUCAAAACCGAGAGAUAAAAAAUGCGUUCGAUAUAACUGGGGGGAAUUAUCAACGGAUUCCACCGAGGCAGCGUCAUUUGUGGAUGGCACUUCUUCAUUUAACACAACACUUGACAAUGAUCGUGAGAAAAAUUCGCGUGAAUUGAAACACUUGAUAAAUUAUUCCAAAAAUACGUUACCUCAAACAAGACGCAAUAAACGAAGAUCUUUAAAACGUAACAUCAGUUUUCAGUCGGAUGUUUACUCCAUUGCCUCUGAUAUGGUCUUUGAUCACGAAAAUGAAAUAACGCGAAAGGGUUUCGGACCUUUAAAAGAAACGGACAUUGAUGUGUAUUGUGCUAUGGAGGAAACUCGGUGUAAGUUUAAUGAAAAUAAGAGUGCUAUGAACAAAUGUGAUUCAUUACCAAAUAUGGUCGAACAUGAUAAACAAACCUGUACACUGAAUCCGAUAAAACAAGAUGACGUGGAAUCGAACGAACCUCUGAUGGGAUGUCAAUCAACAAAGCGGGUACAAAUAAAAUCAAAAAAUUCCAAUGGAACGGCGCAGGAAACGGACUGUAGUAUAUCGAACGGGAAAAAAGAACGCUCUCGCGUCUUUUGUUUCCAUAAACUUGUCAAGGACAGAUUCGUGUCGUCUGCCUCUGAGACAUCUUCUGGUUAUUCUAGUGGGACCAAUAUGGUGGAUACUGAUCAAUUUGAGUUCUUCACGUCAUUUGACAGUGAACCGGAAGGAGAUGUUAUUGGACUGUGUUAAUAUUAAAAUAUUUAGUUCAUUGUAAAUAGUUUAUCAUUCACUUUAUCUCCGAGUUUGGAAUUUCCAAAUUGUUUGAUUGUUACAGUAUCAUACACCCAAGAAAAUAUUAACUUUUCCUGUGUUACUAAAUUGUGUCCACAAUAAUCACUAUCUCUUGUGCUAAGCAAAUUUGUAGACACGAAAUAUAUACUAAUAUUGAUUAAAAUAGACCUGUCUCAUUUGGGUCAAAAAUAAAA